AGAGUGACGCAGACGCUGCAUGAACGUCUGUAGUUACCACUAGCUACGGUUGUUGCUGUUGCCUGGGCAGUGGCUGUCAAAUAUAGGCUAGCGAAGCUACCUUUGUCAUGAUUUUGUAGCAACCCCUCUCCUGAAAAUAUAGCAACCAUAUUUUGAAAGAUACCUUGAAUUAGCAUCAGAGACGCUGGGCGAAGAGAAAAAGAGUGAGAUGAAAUGACAACGUCAACAUUACAGAAAGCGAUUGAUCUUGUGACCAAAGCCACAGAGGAGGACAAGAACAAGAACUAUGAGGAAGCCUUGCGCCUUUACCAGCAUGCAGUGGAGUACUUCCUGCAUGCUAUCAAGUAUGAGGCACACAGUGACAAGGCAAAGGAGAGCAUACGUGGGAAGUGUAUGCAGUACCUAGACCGGGCUGAGAAACUCAAAGAUUUCUUGAAAAACAAAGAAAAAACAGGGAAGAAGCCUGUCAAGGAAGCACAGAGUAAUGAUAAGAGUGACAGUGACAGCGAGGGUGAAAACCCAGAGAGAAAGAAACUGCAGGAGCAACUGAUGGGUGCCAUUGUGAUGGAAAAGCCCAAUGUCCGGUGGAACGAUGUAGCUGGGCUAGAGGGAGCUAAGGAGGCCCUGAAGGAAGCUGUAAUCCUGCCCAUUAAAUUCCCUCACCUCUUCACAGGCAAACGCACUCCAUGGAGAGGGAUUCUUCUCUUUGGACCCCCUGGGACGGGAAAGUCUUACCUGGCCAAAGCAGUAGCCACAGAAGCCAACAACUCCACCUUCUUUUCUGUGUCAUCAUCAGACCUCAUGUCCAAGUGGCUUGGAGAGAGUGAGAAACUGGUGAAGAACCUGUUUGAUCUUGCCCGCCAGCACAAGCCCUCCAUCAUCUUUAUUGACGAGGUGGACUCGCUCUGUGGCUCCAGGAAUGAGAAUGAGAGUGAGGCAGCCCGGCGGAUUAAGACCGAGUUCCUGGUACAGAUGCAAGGUGUGGGCAACAACAACGAUGGAAUCCUCACCCUUGGGGCCACUAACAUUCCCUGGGUUCUGGAUGCUGCCAUCCGUAGAAGGUUUGAGAAGCGUAUCUACAUCCCUCUCCCAGAGGAGCCCGCCAGGUCACAGAUGUUCCGGCUGCACCUGGGCAACACACCCCACAGCCUGAGUGACGCAGACCUUCGUCAGCUCGCCAAAAAGACAGAAGGCUACUCCGGGGCUGACAUCAGCGUCAUUGUACGAGAUGCCCUCAUGCAGCCUGUCAGGAAAGUGCAGUCAGCCACACACUUCAAAAAGGUGCGAGGGCCAUCCCGUGCCAACAGUCAAUUGAUGGUGGAUGACCUUCUGACCCCGUGUUCGCCUGGGGACCCAGCUGCCAUAGAAUUAACCUGGAUGGAUGUGCCUAGCGACAAGCUGCUGGAACCCAUCGUCUGCAUGUCUGAUAUGCUGCGGUCACUGUCCACCACGCGUCCGACAGUCAACAGUGAAGACUUGUUCAAGGUCAGGAAGUUCACAGAGGACUUUGGACAGGAGGGCUAAGAGGCCCUGGUCAGCCAGGGGCUUCACUACUCCUUACCCUGUUUCUCCUCUCAAGCCCCAUUCAUACAACCUCCUGUCAAGUAGUAGCUACAGUACUACCACACUACAAACUUGAAUUUGUUCAACUAACCUGCAUUGGCAAGAAUGAUGGAGCAUUUAACCUCAUACCAUUUCCCUCCGAUCAUACACUAUUGCAGUCCUGAAGACAGACUAUAUAUUUUUUUGCCAUCCUGCACUUUAAGUUGUUAAUCAUUAUGAAGGAAGGGUGAAGAGCUUUUGAACAAUUGCAUUUAACAUAGCUCUUGUCUUGCAUGUGUGUAAGUCAUAGGCUGCGUUUAAAUAGGCAGCACAAUUCUGCUUUUUUUUCCACUAAUUGGUCUAUUGACUAAUUGGAUCAGCUCUGAAGAUCUGAUGUGAAUGGUAAAAAUACCGAUUUGUGGAAAACAAUAUCAGAAUUGGGCUGCCUGUUUCAACGCAGCCUUAAUGUAUGUCUUGUGUAGGAGUGCUCGGCUUUUAAAUUAAUUGAGUUGACUGACCAUAGCUGCCCCCUCUCCCAGUCCCCACUAGAGCUGUCCCUAUUUUACAGGCAGUGUUACUUACGAUUAUUUAUUUUUAUCUCGUCAAGAUUUGUUGACUGUAUGAGUGACUGAGGACACAGCUGAUCAUUGAGUGGGAGAGGUGUUUACAUUUCAGUAUUUCUCUGACAUGUUAUGUGACUGAAGAUGGGGACAAGAGCCCUUUUCUAUUUCUGGAUUUGAGCAUUGAAAAUAAUAGUUCCAUGACAGACAUGAUCAUAUUGUCAAGUGUUGCUAUGUCUGUAUAGUUGGGGGGUGUCAGUUCUGGUCCCAGAGGGGAUCUCACUGCAGUUACACAUAUCCUUGAUAGCCUGACUUAGUAAAUCCAGAAUUCAAAAAUAAAAAGAUGUUUGUCAUUAUUCCAUUUCAACUUUACAUUACCCAUGUUAUUACAGUUGAAGUCAGAAGUUUACAAACACUUCAGCCAAAUGCAUUCAAUUCCUGACAUUUAAUCCUAGUAAAAAUUCCCUAUUUUAGGUCAGUUAGGAUCACCUCUUUAUUUUAAGAAUGUGAAAUGUCAGAAUAAUAGUAGUGAUUUAUUUCAGCUUUUGUUUCUUUCAUCACAUUCCCAGUGGGUUAGAGGUUUACAUACACUCAAUUAGUAUUUGGUAGCAUUGUCUUAAAAUAGUUGAACUUGGGUCAAACGUUUCGGGUAGCCUUCUACAAGCUUCCCACAAUAAAUUUGGUGAAUUUUGGCCCAUUCCUCCUGACAGAGCUGGUGUAACGGAGUCAGGUUUGUAGGCCUCCUUGCUCGCACACGCUUUUUCAGUUCUGCCCACACAUUUUCUUUGGGACUGAGGUCAGGGCUUUGUGAUGCCACUCCAAUACCUUGACUUUAUUGUCCUUAAGCCAUUUUGCCACAACUUUGGAAGUAUGCUUGGGGUCAUUGUCCAUUUGGAAGACCCAUUUGCGACCAACUGUAACUGUCUUGAGAUAUUGCUUCAAUAUAUCCAGAUAAUUUUCAUUCCUCAUGAAGCCAUCUAUUUUGUGAAGUGCACCAGUCUCUUCUGCAGCAAAGCGCCGCCUACCUGUGCGUCACAGUUGGGAUGGUGUUAUUCGGCUUGCAAGCCACCCACUUUUUCUCCAAACAUAAUGAUGGGCAUUACGGCCAAACAGUUCUAUUUUUGUUUCAUCAGACCAGAGGACUCAUUUUACUGUGGCUAUAGAUACUUCUGUACCGGUUUCCUCCAGCAUUUUUGCUGUUGUUCUGGGAUUGAUUUGCACUUUUCGCACCAAAGUACGUUCAUCUCUAGGAGACAGAACGCAUCUCCUUUGUGAGCGGUAUGACGGCUGCGUGGGCCCAUGGUGUUUAUACUUGCGUACUAUUGUUUGUACAGAUGAACGUGGUACCUUCAGGCGUUUUGAAAUUGCUCCCAAGGAUGAACCAGACUUGUGGAGGGCUACAAUUUGUUUUGAGGUCUUGGCUGAUUUCUUUAAAUUUUCCCAUGAUGUCAAGCAAAGAGGCACUGAGUUUGAAGGUAGGCCUUGAAAUACAUCCACAGGUACACCUCUCAUUGACUCAUGUCAAUUAGCCUAUCAGAAUCUUCUAAAGCCAUGAUAUAAUUUUAUAAUUUUCCAAGCUGUUUAAUGGCACAGUCACAGUAAACUUCUGACCCACUGGAAUUGUGAGUGAAAUCAUCUGUAAACAAUUGUUGGAAAAAUUACUUGUGUCAUGCACAAAGUAGAUGUCCUUACCGACUUGCCAAACUGUAGUUAAAUUUGUAGAGUGGUUGAAAAACUCGUUUUAAUGACUCCAACCUAAGUAUGUAAACUUCUGACCUUGACUGUAUAUAGCAGAUGACUGGCUAAGACUACAACCUUUAUUCAUUUCUACCCAUAUUUUAGUCCACAAGUUUUGAAUCAGGUAAUUUAAAACAGAUACAUGUGCUGCCUUUCCAAUUGAUGUAACUAAACUUUCCACACACAUUAAUUUGAAAAAGCAGUUUAUUAAAAACUAAAACUACAAUAUUCAUUGAAUUUCAUGGGAUAAAAAAUGUCUAUGUACAUGAAUACAGCAAACCAAAUCCUAUUGGUUACUUGAACCUGCCAAAGGUUAACCAACAUCCAUUCAAAAAACAAAGCAACAUUGGUGAAUUAAAUUUAACUUAUGCAUGUUAAUCACAUACUUUUGGAUAUUCAUCAGACACACAGUGAAAGAAAUAGGAUUUUGUAAGCAGUAACUGAGGACUGAACUGUGGAAUACUUGAAAGCUUGAAUACUACCAUCACCCCAUUGAUUUGGAUAAUUACUGCUAGGUACAUGCAUUCUAUGACAACACAUUUUUACAACCAGGUGCAUAAUCUGUGUAGUAGUAAACAUUAAGAUAUUCAUUCAUUUAUUUAAACUGCGAUCAAGGAUGUUAAUGAAGUUACACUUUAUUGCGUUUUGAUUGGCUCUCUACAGCUGGGGCUGCCCUUUUAUUGCGAUGAUGAGGGAAGGUUGGCAUCAAGUCAGCCUCACAAGCUAAAAAGAGAGAGACCUUAAUCACUUCUUUAAUUUCACAAACACUGAUCCAAUCAUUUCUGUCAUAUAACCCUGAGGCCACACUUACGCAAAGGUUUCUCCUUAAAGUAGGAACUCUCCAAGCAGUCCUUAGCUGUGGCCCUAAGAGAGAAACACUUGUGAGCCAUGGAGGAGUGAAAGGAAGUAUACUGCACAUGUGUUAAUGGAAGGUUUCUGUGUAAAUAUGUGAAUGACGCAAUGUGUAGAACUGUAUACAGGUCUCUUCAUGCAUGUAUGUAUUUAUAAUGCUGAGAAGUUUGUUAUUUGGUAGUUACCUGCGUAGAGGAUUGUACAUGAAGAGAAGGUUGAGUAAACGCAGCCCUGCAUCAGACAACCAGGUGAACUUAUUCUUCAAAUUGUUGUAUGGUUGUUUCCUCAAACUGUACUGUCCAACUAGGGGAAGACGAGUGAAGCCCUGCAAAAUUUUAACACAACAGACAGGGGUUAACCAACAAUAUCCUUUUUUUGAGGAGAAACUACUAUCAUUGGUUGUUGCAUAUUAUAAAAUUAAUCAACAUUAAAGUGACUCAAAUUAAACUUAUGGAAUGGUAAAAUCCUAAAUUCUGUGAUUGUUUAGGAGAAAGUAGUACUGAGCGAUUGGUUUGAUUUGGGGUCGGUUUUGGUUAGAUCAUAAAACAACAAUUUUCAAUUUGAAAAUGUUUUUUAGACAUUAAAUUCCCUAUGCAUUAUCUGGGUUGAAUGCUAUAACACAAAAUAAAACAAUGAAUAAAAACAUU